AUGCGUGAAAUUUUGAUCCGCAUCCAUCCAGAUGUCUUUUCAAGAUGCCCACGGCUGUCUCGUAUAUUUCUCGUGGAUCGGCGAGAGGAGUAUCGUCUGGACGAGGUUGUGCGUUGGACUCCGACAGAGCUACCACUGUUGAAAGAGCUCGUUCUUAAUGGCACUCCGGCCAUCUCCUUCCAUCCCGACAUCCUUCAUAGUACAACCAAUUUGAGGGACUUGGACCUGGGGAUGUUCACCUCCGGAGCCGAUGUGACAUUCAUUCCGCCCGCCGAGGAACUCGACUGCGCAGAUGACGACAACAUCGACGACAACAACAAGAAUAAUGACAGUCUCUCAACAUAUGGAUCGGUCCCAAGGAAACAACCGACCUGGACGUGGGACUGGUAUCUUCCCAAUUUGCUCUCCCUCAAACUGAACGCCGAGUUUGGAUACCGCUUCAAAUUCAGGAUGUUGGCUGGGACACCGAAUCUCACCUUGGAGCGACAACAUGUCGUCGGAGAUAUCGACAACAGCAGCAGCCCCAUUGAACUCGAGGAGAACGACGACAAGUUUUUGAAAGACUUCGAAUACGUCCACGUCCCAGCACUCAAGAAUUUCACUCUGACGGGUCCAUGGUCUCUUGAUAGGCGAGUGCUGGAGGUUCUGUUUGGCAAGGUCGCGCCCGGUGUCCAGGAUCUUAUCAUGUCGUCCGAGGGGCAUAAUGAGCUUCCCAAAUUGAUCUACCUGACGCUGAACGGUGAAUUCGCGUACAGGUUUCAGUUCAGGAUACUGGCAGGGACGCCUAACCUUCAGGAAUACAUUCACCUCCCGCAUGUCGAGGACAUUUCCUUUUCGGUCCAUGGAUCUUCCUUCGCGACGGUGACGGUGACGGCGAGGAGGCUGGUCGACCACCACUACGGCUACUCGGAACUUUUCUAUAAGACGACCCUCAACAUCAAGGAGCUGAAAAUGGUGGCCAACCAAGGGUACAGUUUCAAGGACUGGACAGCGUCGACAAGGAAUCUGAUUCGACUCAAGACGGCGUAUACUUCUCUUGCUACCAUCACCUCUUUUAGUGGUGGUGAAGGGAAGCCGAUGGAGGGAUUAAUUGCUGAGGCUUGGCUGGAGGUGGUUCCAGAAUUCCCAGAGCAUGACCGGCGGUAUGUAUUGGUGGACCAGCCUGUUAACAGACGGAAGGAAUGCCUCGAGGCCAUCAUCCGUACUCUUGCUUGUUUCCAUGGUAUGGGCUCUGUCGCAACUAUGUUGCGUGUGAACAAAUACGUCUGUUCUAUUACUCUGCCUGUACUCUAUGGACUGGGUCCCAUCUCUGUGUUGAAUAAGUAUUAUCUCAAGGACUCUCUUGGCUUCAAGCGUCGGCAAAAGUUGAUUGCCACUCUCCUCCUUGGUGUUCCCAAGAUCCGCAUCACCGAACUCCUCCGUGUUACCUUUCUUCAAGACUCCAUCGAUGACCAGGAUCAUUCCCCUGCACCCUAUGCUCCGUACCAUUCGUUUGCGACCGCGAUUUCUUUGAGCAACUGCAACGACGCCUUUGACGGAGACCUUCGCCAGAUCGAUGAGUUUCGCGAUGACUACUUUAGCCAGGACGAUGGCUCGCCACCUUCUCAGAGACUGCUCGAUUUUGUGAAGGAUCACAGACUCCUCCGCAGGGACCUCACGUGGGCGUUGUGUUCGGAUGUGGAGCGUCUCAGGUUUCUUGAGAUCCCUGUAUCCGACAUUGACCGCUACCUGCCUUUGAUCGACCAGCUCAAGGCUCUAACAAAGGUGAGGUUCGAGCUAAAUCGAUGGCUGUUCCCCACCAACGUUGAUCUUGACGAGCUGACGCCCGAGCAGCGUACUAUUCUGAGCCACCAGCGAGACGAGCGGAAGCAACACCUCGACCAGAUGGUGCUCUUUGUCCAGGGCCAUCGACGCCACCACGGUAGCGUUCUCCAGGCUGCUACAUGCUCUGGGGAGUACCCUCUCCUCGCCGAAAAGUGCCCAGAUGAGUAUGCGGAGCAGCUUACCCACCUUCUUCCACCCCUUCCUGAUCCUCGGGCGCUUGACAUACACAACUGGGGACACUUUGCUACCAAGGUCAAGGAAACUAAUUUAUUGGCCGUCAAGUCGAUCAUGCCACCGCAAGGUCAACCAGGAGCAUUAAGUCUGCCUCAACUCCUCAAAAAGUCCCCAUUCCUUCAUCGUUGUCGGUCCCUCGAGAGCAUCCAGUUGAAAUCUUUCACCGACGAUGUCUUCCAAUGGGCUGUUGACGAACGUAGGCAGCACGACGCCGACAUUGCAGCUGGACGCACUCCUCAAAGGCCACUGGUCCCUCUCCAAAAUGCUACAGUCAACAACGAGCGCCCUACCGACGGACGCCUCAUCAACGACAUUGGAUACAGCUUUGGCGAGACCCUCAAAACGCUUCAUUUCUAUUCAUACGCGACCUUUGACAAUCAAGAGUCUGUAGUCUUAGGCGAGUGCUCGGUUGGGGGCAGCCCUUCUUGGUCUCUCUGCUGGCAUGCCCCCCAGCUGACCAAUCUGCUUAUCCGCACCGACCAUAAUUUCCUCCGCAUCCAUCCCAGCCUUCUUGCCCAGUGUCCACAACUGAAGGACAUUAAUCUCGUGGAUCGGCGUCAUGAAUACUCGGCAAGCGACAUUACUCGAUGGGAGCCGGCGGAGCUUGGACAACUGGAGACUCUCACAUUGCAAGGAUCGCCGGCCCUCUCGUUUAAUCUAGAAACUCUCAAUACCGCACGCAAGCUGAAAACUAUAAGUCUGCGGACGUCCGCUCACUAUGUGCUGCCGGUGGCCGAAUUGGACGAACCUGAGAAUGACUCUGUCGGAUUACCACCAUCUGCCGCUGCGACAGCACCUAGCCCUAUCCCUCCUUGGCGACCCAUUUGGACCUGGGACUGGGACCUGCCAAGGCUUACGCGUUUGACGUUGAAGGGAGACAUGGCGUACCGGUUCCAAUUCAAGAUGCUCCAAGGCACGCCCAGUCUGGUACAGUUGAAUGUCGACAUCAGGUCAACGACUGGGAUACACAAGAGGACCCUUGGCGUUAAGGAAUUUCUCCAGAAAACACAAGAAAUUGAGACCAUGGGAGGCGCACAGGACGAUGAUGACAACAACAGCAACAACAACGACGGCAGCAAUGACAAUAUCUUGGGUAUGCAGUCCAAGUACAUCCAACUUCCAGCAUUACGUACCCUGACAUUGAGAGGGACUUGGGUUCUAGAUACAGAGGUGUUGGAGAGUCUUUGCAGGAUGGUACCGGGUGUGACGAACAUGUCGCUUCAGGGCUGCGGUGGGUUUAGUUUGGUGGAUUGGGUCGGCACUACGUCGAGGCUUUUGAUGAGUAUAAGUCAAGCAAAAGCGUCAAUUCCAGUCGCGGCCGAGUUGGCUUCUAAGGCUGGGCUGGUGGAGAUGGAGCUCCAUGGUGAGGAUCAAGAGUAUGUUUUGUACCAGCUUGGUCAGCCUCCUGUGGGUCGGACUGCGGAGGAUAAACUCAAUUAUUACUUUUACCCCUAUAUAAAAAGGUUUCCCUUGCAACUGUUUGGUCAAAGUUGA